AAGCACUGUUCUUUAGUAUUAUAAUCACUAUCUUUCAUUAAAUAUUAAAUUUUUCUGUAAGAGACAGAUGCUUAUGGAUAACAUAUGUAUAAUAAAAUUAGAUAUCAUAAAACUUCGGUACAAAUACAAAUGCAUUUGCAGAAACUGCCAUGGGUACUUCAUUAGAAAAUCAUGGUGAACUCCAGGAACAAUAUCGGAAAGCGGUUAUACGCAUGGGUGAAAUCUAUAGUUAUAAAUUAACGUGGCAAUGGCUGUACCCCACAAAUUGGAUAUUUUCGUUAACGUCAACAGGCAAAGAGGAAGCCAAGGUUCUGAAAAUAUUACACGGAUUUACUAAAAAGAUUAUUGCUGAGAGAAAACUUUAUCAUGAACGCACGAAUGGUCAAUACUUGAAAAACCUUGAUGAAUCAGCAAAAGCAGAUGACGCAGAAGCAACUGGAAGUACGUAA